AUGGAACACGCCUUACAAGCCAUCAUCGCCUCUAUUGGCAACUUCUUCGUGGUCACCCUCCUUCUCGUCGACGCCAUCCUCCUCUGCCAGCACCACCGCAACUCCACCAAGACCCGAACCUGCUCCUCCCAUAUCCGAACCUGCCCCGCCCCCCAUCGUGAAGCCUCCUCCUCCCUUUCUGUCGUGGACGCUAGCUGGUCCUUCGACACCAACCUCGUCAAGAUCUCCUGGGACGAGCUCGCCCGCGCCACCGACAACUUCUCCCCUCACUUUAUCAUCGACGACAACAGCUUCGGCCUUGUCUGCAAGGCUUGCCUUUCCAGUGGCGCCACCGUCACAGUCAAAAAACUCUCCCUUGACGCCUUCCAAGGCUUCUACAAGUUCACCGCCGAGAUGGAAACCCUAAGCCGCCUCUGCCACCCAAACAUCGUCAAAAACCUCAGUUACUGGGCCUUAGGCCCUGAACGCCUCCUCGUCUACGAGUUCAUAAAAAAGGGAAGCCUUGACCAGUGGCUCCACAAGCCCGAUAUCUCUCUCUCCCUCCCCCCACUUCCCUGGCCCACACUCGUCAACAUCAUCCGCGGCAUGGCACUAGAGGAAGUCAUCAGACUUGCGGUAGAGUAG